AUGAUGGAAAAAAUAAAAAGACGUUGUGUUGAAAUACUUGUUAUCUUCACUGUCUUUGUGAAACUUGGGAGUACGGAUAGGAUUGUCGAACAUUGUAACGAAGUAAAGAGUACAAGUGUGAUAUGUAACUAUAUUCCAACGACAUUGCCCAGACUGUACAAACAUGUCCGUAUUGUAGACUUGGACAGAAAAGGAAGAGAAUUCACAAUAAAUAGUUCCAGUUUUAUUCAUGAAAGCUGGGCUAAAGUUCAAACAAUCGAGUUCAAUGGCACAACAGAACAGGGCGAUACUUCUUGGUGUACCUUCUCACGAGAAUGCUUUAAAGGAUUAAUAUCAUUAAAAGAAAUGAAAAUCCACGUCGGUUGUUUUGAUCUUGAUGCAUACGCUUUCGUCGGUUUACAAGCAGUCCAUACAUUAGAUGUAAGCAAAUCUCAUCGUCUAUUGAUACAAACUUUGCUAAAAGCUCUGGAAGUGAAAAGUGCUUUGCCGGCAUUACAGACUCUUAUCAUGUCUGAUAUUGGCACUUAUUGGAGCAACGCUAAUACCAUUAAUCAAAAAGAUGUGGAUUAUAUUGUACCGAGAAAUAUUACAAAAAUUGAUUUAAGCGGUACCCAGAUGAACUUCGUCAAUAUGACCGCGAUUCAUAAAACACUCCACACUCUAGAAAGUUUAAAUAUGUCAUAUACAGUUAUAGACAAUGUAUGGACAGAAAAUAUCGUUGAACAAGGUUUGCUAAAUUUGAUGGUUUUUGACCUGGCUAAUUGUAUCCUACCAGCAAGAGCAAUUCCUAAUUUUCCAGGGAAAUAUGUUUUUGCCAACAUAGCAAUUAAUAUUUCCCAAAUUAAAAAUAUUGAACUGAACAAAAUCUUUACUAACCCUUUGAUUUCGAAUCUGAGCGGGAUAAUCCCUUCUGCAACAUCAUUUUGGGGUUAUAACAUUACAAUAACCAUUGAUGAACCGCAAAACUGGAAGGUAAAAGAGCUGAUUUUAAGAAAUAACAAUUUAAGAUACUUAGAUGUUGAUUUUGUAUGUCCAGUGUACAAAUUAAGGUCUGUCUUACAUAUUGAUUUAUCACACAAUGGUUUGGAAAUGGUGUAUCCUUGUGAGUGCAUUCCUAAUCUAGAAACAUACAUUCUAUCUAAUAACAAAUUGUUUGAAAUGCUAGGGAAAAGGUCGGACCGUUUUGGAAAGUUGCUUGCUUCUUAUAGUAAACUACAUGUUAUCAACUUAGCAAACAAUCGUCUUGGAGAAAUUCCUAAACAUAUGUUCAAGCAUAACAAAGAACUUGUUAAAAUUGAUCUUUCUUUUAACCAACUUGAACAGUUACACUUUGAUUUUGUGGACUUGCAUUAUCUACGUGUUUUAGAUGUUAGUAACAAUAACAUAAAAGUUCUCGACGAGAUAUCCAUUAACAACCUUAAUGCAGUUCCAUGUGAAAGUUCGAACAUAUAUGUGGACGAUCAUUGUAUAGUCGUAAUGAAAUCAAAUCCAUUGCUUUGUUCAACAUGUGACUGCAAGUCGUCUAUCCAAUGGCUCCUUAUAUCAAUGGAGUUCAAUUUGGAACAACAGGCGUUGGUUUGCAUAUCCGAUGAUGGCACAUUUAGAAAAAUCGAAAAAUCGGUUGUAAAAAGAAUUCAGAAUAUAUGUAACAGAAAACUUGUCAUCAUUACAUCCACUGUUUGCAUAAUAGUUACUUUUAUGACGCUGUGUAUAAUUGGAAUAAUACUUCACCGAACAAUGAGAAGGCUGAAGCGAAAGAGGAAGAUGGAAAAUGUUUUAGCCAGAUUGAAAGAAGGUGAGGGACAGUAUGAGUUUGUUGCUUUUCUGUCAUACAGCAGUGAUGAUUAUCAAUUUGUACAUGAUCACGUGAUAGACCAACUGAACGAGAACCUUCAAUUGAUCAUUGAGACAGAUCGAAGACUUUUGUGUACCGGAGACCAAGAUGUUCGCCUUGGAUUCAAUGUUCCUGAUGAAACAGUACUAUGCCUGAACAGAGUUUCCGUGGUCAUAGUUCUUGUGUCAGAUACAUUUUGUCGGAAUCUUUACUGUAAAAACGAGUUUGAUCAGGCAUUUUUACAGCAAAAACCCAUCGUUUUCAUGCGAUUAGGAAAUGUAGACGAGCAGUUAAUGAUGCCAACUUUGAAGAGUUUGUACAAGAAUGGCGCCAGCAUUCUUUGGGAAUUUAAAAAUGGAGAGCUUGUACUAAAAGACACAUGGGAAAGUGUAUGUUCGCUUGUGCUGGAAAAGGUGCAGGUUUAG